CCUGAGCGAGCCAGCUCCCGCGUCGCGUUUUUGUUGCGGCUGCCGGGCCUGAUCAGUCCAGUGGGACACGAACGGAGAUAGUGUACGGGAUUGUUCUCUCUGCGGGGCCUCAAGGGAAAAGGAAUAGCUAUGUCAUCCUUGAUCAAAAAGGUGAUCAGCACCGUGAAAGCCCCAGGGGCCAUUGGUCCCUACAGUCAAGCUGUGUUAGUCGACAGGACCAUUUACAUUUCAGGACAGAUAGGCAUGGACCCUUCAAGUGGACAACUUGUGCCAGGAGGUGUGGUAGAAGAAGCUAAACAAGCUCUUACAAACAUGGGUGAAAUUCUGAAAGCUGCAGGCUGUGACUUCACUAAUGUGGUAAAAACAACUGUUUUGCUGGCUGACAUAAAUGACUUUGGUACUGUCAAUGAAAUCUAUAAACAGUAUUUCAAAAGUGAUUUUCCUGCAAGAGCUGCUUACCAGGUUGCUGCUUUGCCCAAAGGAGGCCGUGUUGAGAUUGAAGCAGUAGCUAUCCAAGGCCCUCUCACAACAGCAUCACUCUAAGCAGGCCUAAUAAUAUUUAGUCUGGAAUAUUAAUAAUGUUUUAAAAUAUAUUAAUUUUUAUAAUCAAUGUUGGAAAGUAUAAGACAGACUAAAAUAUCUGAAGUAUAAAGAAAAUACCAUAUAAUAAGGGGACUUGAACAUGAAUUACAGAUGAAAUGAUGAAUCCACUCACUGAUGUUAUAAAGAACAGUUAUGCAUGCCCACAUGCCUGGAUGCGAGAGGAGACACAUUGCGUUACGUAGUCACUCAAACAAAUAAAAGGAAAUAACACUCAGGAAAUAUGAGUUACUAUUCCUGAGAAAUAGUGAAGAGUACAUGUAUUAGUUAAAUACUAAUAAUUUGAUGGUGUGAAAUAUUUAGUUCUCAUGUCAAAUAUGUGAUUCUGCUUUUACUUGAGUAAAAUUAAAGAUUUAAGUUUGAAUGGUAGACGUAAAGGCAAAAAAAAGUGGACCAAAAUUGUAUAUAGCUAAUAUUUUUCUAAUGGAAAUAAAUUAGACUUGCAGAUUUUC